AUGAACCGAUUUGUUCGACCUUCCAAGUAUCGUCAUGUCUAUGGUACAGCUGCCAAGCGCGACUAUUGCUAUGACAAUGUUCGCGUUAGUCUCAACGCUUGGGAUACCAACAUGGUGCAAGUGAAUCCUCUAUUCGUAUCUAUGAACUGGCAAGCUUCAGGAGGUGGCGCGUUUGCUGUUAUUCCGUUGUCUACUGUUGGCAAGUUGCCUGAAAACUUCCCACUUUACCAUGGUCAUACUGCACCUGUUCUUGAUACGGAUUUCAACCCUUUCAACGACUAUAUUGUUGCAUCUGGCUCUGAGGAUACCAAGGUCAUGAUUUGGAGCAUCCCCGAGCAAUACGACGAGGACCUUGAAGAAGUGAAGCCUGUGCUUAAGCUUUCAGGACAUGGACGCAAAGUUGGUCAUGUGCAAUUCCAUCCUGUCGCCAGCAAUGUGCUUGCAUCCGCUAGUACUGAUUUGUCCAUCAAAUUGUGGGAUAUUGAGAAAGGACAAGAGAAGCAAGAACUUAUUGGACAUACCGAGAUCAUUCAAAGCAUGUCAUGGAAUUACAAUGGCUCGCUCUUGGCCACCACUUGCCGUGAUAAACGACUCCGUAUCUUUGAUGUCCGAAGCAAUCAAGUCGUUCAGGAAGGUCCAGGUCAUCAAGGUAUUAAGGGAUCUCGUGUCGUUUGGCUCGGAGAAUCGAAUCGUCUUGCCACCACCGGCUUUUCGAAAAUGAGCGAUCGCCAGCUUAAUCUCUGGAACAGCGACGAUCUCAGCAAGCCCAUGAAGUCUGAGUUUAUCGAUACUUCAUCAGGUGUCAUCAUGCCUUUCUAUGAUAACGAUAACAGCAUCCUGUAUUUGGCCGGCAAAGGUGACCGUACCAUCACCUACUAUGAAUUCGAAAACGAUGAGUUGUAUCGUCUUAGCGAUUACCGGGAUGUUGAAGCACAAAAGGGUGUUGCAUUCAUGCCGAAGCGUGCCUUGAACGUCAAUGAAUGUGAAAUUGCCAGAGCAUACAAAUUGACCACCAAUAUGAUCGAGCCCAUCUCUUUCAAGGUCCCAAGAAAGUCGGAUGCAUUCCAAUCAGACAUUUAUCCUCCGGCAGUCAGUGAUGAGCCAGCUUUAACAGCGGAUGAAUGGUUUGCAGGCAAGAACGCCGAUCCCAAAAAGAUUGAUCUUUCAGCUGGUUACCAAGCAAAGGAGAAGCAGGAUUUCGUUCCCACCGCUCAAGCUGUUGAAGAAUCAAAGGAGCAAGAUAGUGGUGCUUCUACACCCAAGAACGAAAAGGAUUACCAAAAGGCAUAUAACGAGUUGCGUAAGGAAAAUGACGAUCUUAAAAAGGUUUUAUCCCAGCGCGAUGUGAAGAUCCGAGUCCUUGAAAUCGAAUUGGAAAAGUUGAAGACACAAAGAGAGGAGAAUAAGAGCGAUGGAUCCACAGAAGGUAAUGCAUCAUCCGGUAACGAUGAAAAGCCCGCUGUCAAUGAUCAAUUAGAAGAACAACAACCUGACAAGUCCAAAGAGGAUGUUGAUGCUAGCCCAGCUACAGAGUAG